AUGGGCACUGGGCCAUCACAGUCGGAAAUACACAAAAUAAAACUAGAAAUCAAGAAAUGGGAGUACAGUUUUCAGGAAACACAUGGACGAAAGCCAGGUUAUGAUGAUAUCAGGGCUAUUCCCGACAUUCACAUAAAGUACAAGACAUAUAAUCGAUACAAAUCAGGAACCAGUAGAGCAAGCAAGAAUGUUGAUGAUAAUGACCAGGCGGCAGUAAGAAAACUGGAUAAACCAUUAAAAAGUUUAGCUCAAUACGACCAAAGUACAGAUGGAGUCACUGCCGACUCGACUGGCUAUGUUCUGACCCCUCACGGUACCAGAUCGUACAGAGAGGAUUUGUCAAUUGAAUACAUCAGUCGAAGUCCUUCAAGGCGGUCAGCAGAAUACGACGAAGGAUUUAAAGGCAAUGCUGCUUCGCAUAGGACUCCAUCCACACCUCAGAAGAAAAAGAAUGCUGAAAUGGCUGCUGCUAUUCUGGCAGCUAAAAUAGGGCCUACCCCUCAAAUGGAUGGUCGAGUGCUUGGAAUAUUUGAAUUCACCUCUCCUGAUGCAAUUCUGCAAACUCCAAGUGCAAAAAAGCAGAAAUAUAAUCCUUCUUUUGAAAAUGCAUUGUUGAAUACCCCAUCAAAGAAGAGAACAAAGUCUGUUGCUAGUGCCAAUCCAAUAUCACCUCCAAGAUCUGAUUCACCGGUAAGGGCAGUAGAUUCGAAUUCUCAUGCGGAGCCAGAUGCAAAUUUAUCACACACUAUUUUAGCAACUCCAGCAAAAUCAAAAACGUCAUCUCCUUUUAACAUGGAAACCCCGUCAAAAACUCCCACAUAUCUUAAUCACAGAAUUUCCAGCAUGGCAGACUCUCCUAUAGCACCACGGCGACUUGGACGAACAUUAUCAUCCAUGAUGGCAGAACUCCGAGAUAUCAAGAAAGAACAGGAAACAGGUGGAUUUGAUCCAGAUGACGGGUUUGAUAUCAAUGAGAUUGCAGACUUGAAUGAAGAGGAUCUGUAUUCUGAUUUCAAUGAUUCGCAAGAUGACACCAAACCUAAGGACAGUACUGAGCCAGGACCAAUCUACAAGAAGAAGGGACAAAAGCGAACCACAAAGAGAGUCAAGAUGAAGCCAAUUCUAAAUGAAAAUGAUCCAAUUGAUGAAUCAGCCAAACGUGCCAGAACACUUCCCAAGAAGCAGCCUGAAAAUUUCCAGCGAUUGAAGCUUCACAAUUCGGGCUACAAGACGAACAAGUCCAAGUUCUUUUUUGGCCGUCGAUCUCGUUGA